GGAAACUCGGGUGCUAGAAAAAGAUGAUGGAAUAUAUUACCUCAACGUCUUCUCUCCCAGUGGAAAUGACGAACCCUCUCAGGCUUCAUGUGUAGACAUGGUUGGUUACAAACCUGAAAUUGACGACACAACUUGUACAGAUACACAUUUUAAUGAAACCAAAUCAGCGACACAGGGGGAAUAUCCAAUGACAAGAAAUCCAAGAGGUUACGCAGUGAUAUUUAAUAUGGAGACUUUUUACAAAGUUCCCGGUGACCCGACAAGCAUAAAGCUGGAAAAUCGCCAAGGUUCUAGUAAGGAUGCAGAAGGCCUGCAAGAUGCUUUUGAAAAACUUCGUUUCAUAGUUGACCGCCAUGACGACAAAACUAUUGCCGACAUUACGACCAUAACAGAUGGAUACGCCUCGCGGGACCAUUCGUCAUUUGACUGUUUUGUGUUCUGCAUACUCACCCAUGGUUCAGAAGGAAAGCUUUAUGACGCAAACGGCCAUUCAUUUCAGUUUGAAUCGAUAUUCAAGAGAUUGCAUGCCCGCAAAUGCUCUACAUUAGGUGGAAAACCAAAAUUGUUCUUUCUCCAAGCAUGCCAAGGAAAUCAAUCUCAUUUCGGACACGAUCUACAAGCCGAUAUCGUGCCACUACAGCCAGGAUCGAACACUAAUUUCCGGGAAGUGAACACCAAUUUCCUGGAAGGAAAUUCUCCGAACGAGGCUGACUUCUUGGUAUUUUUUCCUACCCGACUUGGAUUACCAGCGUUCAGGGAUGAUAACCAGGGUUCCUGGUUUAUACAGUCUCUGGUGGAGAAUCUGAAACAAUAUGGGGAAAGUUGCCCGCUCCUUGACAUCUUUACCAUGGUGAUACGUGAAGUAAGCUGUAAACGUGCGGGGGAUCAGGAUGGAAAUCACUACGACCAGACGCCGAAAUUUGACAGUUCCCUGAGUAAGACAGUGUUCUUCCGUCCAUUGGGAGCGCCAUAAAUGCCGUCAA